AUGGCCAAGCUGCACUCUGAGCCUGGCACCUGGGAAAGCUUCCUGGAGAAGUUCAUGGAUGGCGAAGCCUAUGGGUUUUGGCACCAGCACGUGCAGGAGUGGUGGGAGCUGAGCUGCACCCACCCUGUUCUCUACCCCUUCUAUGAGGACAUGAAAGAG